ACGGGACAGGGAGGAGGGCGGGAGGGAGAGGGAGGAAGGGGCGCCAGCGGCGGGCGGGAUCGUGCGAGGCGCGUGAAGCCUCGCUGGCGCCUCGUCCGGGACCCAGACGCUGGCGGCCGUGGAGUUUCUCACGACCGGCGGAGCUCUCCCUCCGCUGACUACAUUUCAGAAAACAUCAACUCUUCUCAGCGGACCAAUUCUUCAAGUGAAAUAUACCUGUACUGUUUUAAAAAGCUUUGUGCUUCAUCAUGGAAAAAUUUACCCCCCCAAAAAUGAAAAUGAAGACAUUUGAGAAGGUGAUUUAAGGUGUGGAUAUUUGAGAAAGUAUCCCAUCAAAUCAUUGAACCUAAGGAUAAGGAUUAAAUAGAUUAAUCCUAAACACUUCUCUUUUAAACCAGGAGGAUUUCAUCUUAACAGAAAAACAACUUUUAUUCAAUAUGUAUUUUCUGAAAUUAAAAGAGAGAGACAAAAGUAGACUUAAAAGAAAAUAGAUGAAGAUGGUUAGUAAAUAAGCAGUGUCAACUCUUUUCUGAUGAGGAUAAUUCAGUGAUGUUAAAUCCUUUCCAAAUCCCUGGUUGUGGUCCUGAAGACAAGACUGUUUUUUGAUGGGACAUCUGAUACUAGGGGAAGUGGGACCUUCUGUGUAUUCAGCUCACAGUUGUAGAAGAUGCAGUCAUUGGCAUGAGUGGCUUAAAAGAGGAAAUACAGCAGUUUUCAAUUAAAUCCAAAAGUACAGUCAUUUUUUUACUCCUGUGAUUGUAAAAGCCUCUUCAUAACCACUGAAAAAGAAUUGACAACUAUUUUAAAAGAUUAAAGAAAGGCAGAUGUCUGCAAACAAUUCCCCUCCAUCAGCCCAGAAGUCUGUAUUACCUGCAACUCUUCCUGCUGUGCUUCCCACUCCUUCUCCGUGUUCAAGUCCUAAAACAGGACUCUCUGCCCGGCUCUCUAAUGGAAGCUUCAGUGCACCAUCACUCACCAACUCCAGAGGCUCAGAGCAUACAAUUUCAUUUCUGCUGCAAAUUGGCCUUACACGGGAGAGUGUUACCAUUGAAGCCCAGGAACUAUCUUUAUCUGCUGUCAAGGAUCUUGUGUGCUCCAUUGUUUAUCAGAAGUUUCCAGAGUGUGGAUUCUUUGGCAUGUAUGACAAAAUUCUUCUCUUUCGCCAUGACAUGAACUCAGAAAAUAUUUUGCAGCUGAUUACCUCAGCAGAUGAAAUACAUGAAGGAGACCUAGUAGAAGUUGUUCUUUCAGCUUUGGCCACAGUAGAAGACUUCCAGAUUCGUCCACAUACUCUCUAUGUACAUUCUUACAAAGCUCCUACUUUUUGUGAUUAUUGUGGUGAGAUGCUCUGGGGAUUGGUACGUCAAGGAUUGAAAUGUGAAGGCUGUGGAUUAAAUUAUCAUAAACGAUGUGCCUUCAAGAUUCCAAAUAACUGUAGUGGAGUAAGAAAGAGACGUCUAUCAAAUGUAUCUCUGCCAGGACCUGGCCUCUCAGUUCCAAGACUCCUACAGACUGAAUAUGUACCCCUUCCCACAGAGGAGUCACAUGUUCACCAAGAACCAAGUAAGAGAAUUCCUUCUUGGAGUGGUCGCCCAAUCUGGAUGGAAAAGAUGGUAAUGUGCAGAGUAAAAGUUCCACACACAUUUGCUGUUCACUCUUACACCCGCCCCACAAUAUGUCAGUACUGCAAGCGGUUACUGAAAGGCCUCUUUCGCCAAGGAAUGCAGUGUAAAGAUUGUAAAUUCAACUGCCAUAAACGCUGUGCAUCAAAAGUACCAAGAGACUGUCUUGGAGAAGUCACUUUCAAUGGAGAACCUUCCAGUCUGGGAACAGAUACAGAUAUACCAAUGGAUAUUGACAGUAGUGACAUGAACAGUGAUGGUAGCCGGGGCUUGGAUGACAUUGAAGAACCAUCUCCUCCAGAAGAUAAAAUGUUCUUCUUGGAUCCGUCUGAUCUUGAUGUGGAAAGAGAUGAGGAAGCUGUGAAAACCAUCAGUCCGUCAACAAGCAGUAAUAUUCCGCUGAUGAGGGUUGUACAGUCCAUCAAGCACACAAAGAGGAAGAGCAGCACGAUGGUGAAGGAAGGGUGGAUGGUCCAUUACACCAGCAGGGACACCCUGAGAAAGAGGCAUUAUUGGAGACUGGACAGCAAAUGUCUCACAUUAUUUCAAAAUGAAUCUGGAUCAAAGUAUUACAAGGAAAUUCCACUUUCAGAAAUUCUCCGCAUAUCUUCGCCACAAGAUUUCACAAACAUUUCACAAGGCAGCAACCCACACUGUUUUGAAAUCAUCACUGACACUAUGGUAUACUUUGUUGGGGAGAACAAUGGAGACAGUUCCCACAAUCCUGUUCUUGCUGCCACUGGAAUUGGAGUUGAUGUAGCACAGAGCUGGGAAAAAGCAAUUCGCCAAGCUCUCAUGCCUGUUACCCCUCAAGCAAGUGUUUGCACUUCUCCGGGGCAAGGGAAAGAUCACAAAGAUUUAUCUACUAGUAUCUCUGUAUCUAACUGUCAGAUCCAGGAAAAUGUGGACAUUAGUACUGUUUACCAGAUCUUUGCCGAUGAGGUGCUUGGUUCAGGCCAGUUUGGCAUCGUCUAUGGAGGAAAACACAGAAAGACUGGAAGGGAUGUGGCUAUUAAAGUAAUUGAUAAGAUGAGAUUCCCCACAAAACAGGAAAGUCAACUCCGUAAUGAAGUGGCUAUUUUACAGAAUUUGCACCAUCCUGGGAUUGUAAACCUGGAAUGCAUGUUUGAAACUCCGGAACGAGUUUUUGUAGUAAUGGAAAAGCUGCAUGGCGAUAUGUUGGAAAUGAUUCUGUCCAGUGAGAAAAGUCGACUUCCAGAACGAAUUACUAAAUUCAUGGUGACACAGAUCCUUGUUGCCUUGAGGAAUCUACAUUUUAAAAAUAUUGUGCACUGUGAUUUAAAGCCAGAAAAUGUGCUGCUCGCAUCAGCAGAGCCAUUUCCUCAGGUGAAGCUAUGUGACUUUGGUUUUGCACGCAUCAUUGGUGAAAAGUCAUUCAGGAGGUCUGUGGUGGGGACUCCAGCAUACUUAGCCCCUGAAGUGCUCAGGAGCAAAGGUUACAACCGUUCUCUAGAUAUGUGGUCAGUGGGAGUUAUCGUCUAUGUGAGCCUCAGUGGCACAUUUCCUUUUAAUGAAGAUGAAGAUAUAAAUGACCAAAUCCAAAAUGCUGCGUUUAUGUACCCACCAAAUCCGUGGAGAGAAAUUUCUGGUGAAGCAAUUGACUUGAUAAACAACCUCCUUCAAGUGAAGAUGAGAAAGCGCUACAGUGUGGACAAAUCUCUCAGCCAUCCCUGGCUGCAGGACUAUCAGACUUGGCUUGACCUUAGAGAAUUUGAAACUCGCAUUGGUGAACGUUACAUUACGCACGAAAGUGAUGAUGCCCGCUGGGAAAUACAUGCAUACACCCACAAUCUUGUGUACCCAAAGCACUUCAUUAUGGCUCCCAAUCCAGAUGAUAUGGAAGAAGAUCCUUAGUUGUCAAUGAGCUAACGUCAGUAAGGAAGGAUUUCACGUUAUGGACUGAUACUUUGCCACACAACUGUUGUUCUUUGUAGGUUAUCAUCUGCAAGGAUGCGAAGAUACGGGGAAAUGUGAUAAGGAAUCCGUGACACCAAUACUGUAGUUCAUCGUGAGAAGGUACAAGAGGGGAAACUGAGUAAUAAGAACACAUAACGGAACCAAGAUGAAGCUUUUCAUAAAUUUUUAUAGCAUAAGCAAUGACUGGUUUUUAUAUUUUUUUCCUAAUCCUUCACUUUAAUAGUAUAGUGGCAUUUAAUUUAUCUUCCCUUUCCUGUUACAUUAUUUUUUAAAAAGGAGAAAAAGGCAGGCUUAGAGUCCAGCCAUUGUAUAGCUUGACCAAAUCACACAAGAGUUUUAAAGUUGAGUACUAAAUAGGUUUGCAUUUAAAGAGAGAACUGAGGAAGGGCUCCCAGCAUGCGAUUUCCUGUGAGAACUCUAAAUAUUUGACCACAGAGGCAUUGAGGGGGUUUCCCUGCAUGCCUAGAAGAGGAGCUCUAGACUCUUGUACCUUUUUCUUUUUCUUUAGGUCAGUCGACUCCAAAACAGUGAUCCCUAACAUUUUGGAGUUGAAAUUCUUAACGUGCUCUCUACAAGAUAGAAAUUAAGUUGUCACCUUUUGUGAGUAUAUUGGAAGGCCCUCUAAGAUAAUUUUGGGGUCAAAUGAUACUACAAACCUGGGGGGAGAACCCACUGGUCUAAGUGCGGAGGUAGUUAAGUAUGUCUUUUCGGAGCCCAGCCCCCCUAUUGCGUACUCGAACUCCCGUAUCUGUGACCCACAGCUCUGUGACACCAUGGUUGGUUUCUGACAUUCAGUAGGUUUAGGUGGGAACUUUCAUUACACAGUUUAUCUUUACACAGAGUUGAAUAAUUUGAGGAAGAAAAUUACUAAAAGUAAGGCCAGUGCAGGAUCAGUUAAUGCUGCAGGAAACAGCAAAGAACGUAUCCAGUUUUUCUUCCCUUAGCUUAUUGGAAGGUUUUACAGAUAUCCAGAAUGUUUGUAAAUCAAUCAUCUCAAGCAGUUUGGGAGAGUGGGUGGGGUAGAGCAUGAAACACUUAUUCUUUCAUCUGCUCUGCUGAUCACGUAGCCCUGGCCUUAUAAAUUGGGGGGGGGGGGGGGGUUGUUUUGUUUUUUUACAUUUCAGCACUGGCAACCAGCUAACGAAGUGUUUUUCUACUCAGAUAUAAUAUUUAAGAGGUUAGAUUUUUCCAUAGCUUUUAACAAGUUACUAAUAGUUCCCCCCGCCCCCCCACAAAAAAGUUCAAGAUCUAGCACCACCCACUUAUUAAAAAACUAGCGGCUUUUUAUUUUUUCACUCCUCAUUAAUCACUGUAAGUUUUUUUCCUACAAAAAGAGCAACAAAAGAUUGGGAGUCAGGAAAUCCAGUCUUUUACGUCUUGGCUCCAAUCUAAGCCUCAAGUUCCUCAUCAGUCUAAAAAACGAAGAUUAUAACCUUUGCCUCUAUUUUCCUCACAGUGUUGUGAUGAUCAGAUAUAUAAGAACAUAUCCAUAUUCAAUAAACUAAAAACCAUAAAAGCGUUAACUAUCACUGCCCACUGAAUUUGAGGUGGCAAAGGAAAAGAAUGUCCCUGUAUACAGUGUAAGAGAGGGUCUUAAGAGAUCCCUGAAGCUACUCCCUUACCUAGGACUAAAAUUACUGUGGAGAUAGUAGCAAACGUGGUUCCCAUGCUUUCAACUCAACAUGUCUUUAGUUCCCCUCGUGACAGCCACGAGGGGGAGUACGUUAUGGACUCCAUCUCACAGAUAAGGAAGCUGAGGCACAGGAAAAUCAAGUACCUAGAUGCUGGAGGUCACAGUUGGUAUGUGGAUUUGAACUCAGGCAGUGUGGCUCUAGUCCCUUUCCUCCCUCCUAACCAUGUUGCUGCACUGCCUCCCAUAAACCUCUCCAGGAAACAUUCCACAGUGUCUCCUGGUAUUUUCUUCUCCUACAGGAGUUUAAAAAAUUAAUCCAAAUUAAUUUCACAAAACCUUUUAGAACUAUAAUUUCCCUGUGGGAAAGGAUGGCUUCCCAAAUGUGUCCAAACUAAGUCUGUUUAUAUCAAUGUGCUAAAAUGGAGUAGUUCUAAGUCACUAGGCACCCUAUUGUGGUUUUACUACAGAAGGUGAAAAUUAACUGGAAUGGUUUGCUCUACUUAUGUAAUCAAACUACAAGCCAUGAAAUUAAUUGCACUCUUUGUGUCUGUGUUGUUGAAUGCCUAAGAAGUUUUCUUAAAAAAUUUGUAAAGGCACUGUCAGAUAAUUUGGAGUAAUUUACUCCAGAUACUGUAUAACCUGCAUAACCUUUUUGUCUUGAAGUUGUUUUUGUAUAAGAAAUAAUUGUUAGAAACAUUUGGUAAUGUACAAAGUAGUCUAUAAUGACACUGUUCAGUACAUUUUUAUAUUUUUUGUUACAUCCCACUUUUGUAAAUAUCCUCAAAGAAACCUGAUAAUAAAAUGUAUUUCCAUAUCACCAUACUUUUCUAUGUGAAAACCUGAGCUUAUCUCUAGUAGAGGUAUCCAAAGAAAAUUUUAUUAGAUUGUGUUGUUUUCCCAGGCCUUGGUAAAAGAACUAUUUUGGAAAUAGUAUUUGUAAAUGGAACUAAUGCUAUAUUUAAAACACUGAUUUUUUUUUUUUAACUACCUAAAAUAAAAAACUCAUUUCAAUUUAUAUGAAA